AUGUGCUUCCCAAGCAAACGUCAGAAGGAUUACUUCGCUGAUAAAAGUACGGCCGCCCCCCAGAACGGUACAAAAGGAACACAAGGCACUGCUGCAGCUUCAUCUCAACCUCCCCCCACUGAAGUCCCCCCUUCAAUCCCACUUGAGCACAUUACCGUCGACGAACAACCACCCACAAUGGCACCAAAGAUCGCGAUUGUCACGUACUCCAUGUACGGCCACAUCAAUACAUUGGCCGACGCCAUCCUCAAAGGCAUCAAGGAAGCCGGUGGGAGUGCUGACCGCUACCAGGUGCCCGAGACGCUGCCCCAAGAAAUCUUGACCAAGAUGUACGCCCCAGCGAAGGCAGAUAUUCCCAUCAUCACCCCCGAGAUUUUGGCUACAUAUGACGCCUUCAUCUUUGGUAUCCCAACUCGUUAUGGCAAUUUCCCUGCUCAAUGGAAGGCUUUCUGGGAUUCGACCGGUGCCCUGUGGGCCUCCGGAGCUUUGGCAGGCAAAUACGCCAGCGUUUUCAUAUCAACCGCUGGCCAGGGUGGAGGACAAGAAUCUACCGCUAUCGCGUCCUUAUCAACGCUCACUCACCAUGGUUUGAUUUACGUCCCUUUCGGUUACGCGAAGGCCUUCAAGCAACUUUCGGAUCUCUCAGAAGUGCACGGUGGAUCUCCCUGGGGUUCUGGCACCUUCGCCGGACCAGACGGCUCCCGUCAGCCCAGUGCCCUCGAGCUCGAGAUUGCUACGCUCCAGGGCCAAUACCUCUACGAGGUUGUCUCCAAAGUCAAGUUCUAA